AUGAGCUCCGCUACGCGCUCUCCCGCAGUGCCGAGCAACGGCGACACAUCAGAACAAGGCGACGACACGUCGUCCGCAACGGACUCCCAGAGUGCCCCGGCGGCGCCGAGCGAGCCCAUAUAUUACCUAUAUGGCGAUGAUGAACGUUGGUGGGAGGAGGAAGAGACUAAGGGCGGGGAGAUCCCAGCCGCGGAGGCAUGGGAGCAUCCACCGCGUCACCAGUGCCUCCUGGAGACUAUCCACAAGCUGAACGACACACACAUCCGCUCCCCGUUCCUGUACACGCGCUACCCGCACGAAUAUAAGAGCGAGGCGUACGCACUUUAUCACCAGCCAGGGGCGCAGAGCAAGAAGAGUGAACACCCCAAAGAGCAGUCGAGUCCCAAACAAUCGGAUGAUCCCCAGCGCCGCCGUGUGAACAUCGAGCUGACCCCCGUCAAGCGCCCGGAAGCAUGCACGAAACCCCGCAAGAGCCUACGCGAACGAUUGGAGGAUGGCGAGGUUGUGUUCUAUGAGGAUUACGUGGAGCGUGAAAUCGCGCGUGACUACUGCCGCCUGUUCGGGCGCCCGUUUUCCGUGCCUCGGCACGACUGGGGUGGCGGCGACUUCUUUUUCGGGGAACACGUGCCAACGGUAACCAGUGUUCCAAAAGAGGUUCCUAGGCAGGAUGAGGACGAUAAGCUGUCGGAAAAAUCUGCCGAAUCUGUGGAAGAUCCUGUGAAGCACCGUCAGGUGGACGCGCUGAUUCUGUCAGACACCAGUCUGGACCCGGCGCAGCGUCAGGAAAUGCUGGACGGCAAGAUUGCCAAUCUAUACAGUGCGUUGCCGUCAGGCGCCACGAGACAGCGCCACCCGAAGGAUCGGCUGGUCAGCUACCACCACCUGCGUACGUAUGCAUACAUGAUCGACUCAGUGACUAAGUGCCCGCUGAUUCACGUGGAACUUCAGUCGGCGCUGCAGCAGGGGUGGUCGCCUGAGCGCGAAACGGCCAAGUUACAGCCUCGGACCCGCACCCUACAACCGCCCAAGGACCCCUACACCGUAACUCCGGAGCAGCUCGCGCGCGCCAACGAGAUUCUGGCAGGCCGGCGCAAGAUAAAGGCGGAUUCAUCCAAGGACGUGAAGGUGAUGGUGUCACGUCGCCAGGCGGCGCAGAAGGAAACCGUUCAGGUGGGCGGGGGUCGUUACGAAGUGUAA